GCAUGUAUUGAAAACAUAAUAAUUACAUAAAUCAAUUAAAAGCAAAACUAUAAAUUAUUUUUUAUGCGUGAUAUAAUUCGACACCGUGCUUAGGUCAACGCAAUCGACGCAUGCGUGGACAACUCCUAGAAAAACAGGAUAUAAAUUCGACAUUAUACACUUGCUUUUGGAUAUUAUGGAAUAGCAUUGCGUGCCUUGGCUCUGCACUCUUUGCUAUAAUAACGUAAAAAGGACAUUAACAAACAAACGAGGAUAAUAUGGCACUGGAUUCACUCAGGAAAGACGAAACCCUCGCGAUGAGGAGGAGACUAAUCGGACAGUCAUGCAGACUUUUUUACUCAGAUGAUCCAGUAAAAAUAGUGAGAGCAAGAGGACAAUAUCUAUACGAUGAAACUGGCAAGCGCUAUCUGGACUGCAUCAGUAACGUUCAGCAUGUGGGCCAUUGUCACCCAGAUAUUACAAAGGCUGCAGCGGCACAGAUGGACAUCCUGAACACAAAUUCAAGAUUCCUGCACGACAACAUUGUCCUGUAUGCAGACCGCCUGGCUGCCACCUUGCCUAAGAAACUUGGUGUCUUCUACUUUGUUAAUUCUGGUUCAGAGGCCAAUGAUCUCGCCCUGCGCCUAGCACAGCAAUACACCCAGCAUGAGGACGUCAUUGUGCUUGAUCAUGCAUACCAUGGGCAUUUAGUGUCUCUCAUCGACAUUAGUCCUUACAAGUUCCGGAAACUGGCAGGACAGAAGGAGUGGGUUCAUGUGGCACCCCUACCGGACACCUACAGAGGCACAUACCAAGAGGACCACCCAAACCCAGGACAAGCAUAUGCUGAUACAGUUAAAGACCUAAUCGAGGAUGUGCACAGGAAAGGUCGUAAGGUGGCUGCCUUCUUUGCAGAAUCAUUGCCAAGUGUGGGAGGACAAGUCAUCCUGCCUCAAGGCUACUCAGCUAAAGUUGCAGAAUAUGUACGCUCAGCUGGUGGAGUGUUCGUGGCUGAUGAAGUACAGACAGGCUUUGGACGUGUGGGGAGUCACUUCUGGGCCUUCGAGCUGCAGGGCGAGGGUUUCUGCCCAGACAUAGUGACCAUGGGCAAACCAAUGGGCAAUGGGCAUCCACUGGCAUGUGUGGCAACCACUGCAGAGAUCGCUGGAUCUUUCACAGCCAAUGGGGUGGAGUACUUCAACACGUUUGGAGGAAACCCAGUGUCCUGUGCCAUCGGUAUGGCAGUCCUGGAUGUGAUUGAGAAAGAGGACCUCAGAGGAAAUGCCACAAGGGUGGGAGUGCAUCUUAAAAAUUUGCUCACACAGCUCAAAUCCCGUCAUCAAAUAAUAGGGGAUGUCAGAGGUGUGGGACUCUUUGUGGGUAUUGAGCUGGUUACAGACAGGAACCGGAAGAUCCCUGCCACUAAAGCAGCAGCAUGGGUGGUGAAGAGAUUGAAAGAGGAGGAUCAAAUCUGUGUCAGUACAGAUGGCCCCUGGGAGAGUGUUGUGAAGUUUAAACCCCCUAUGUGCUUCAGUAUAAAGGAUGCAGAACUUGUGGUUCAGUGUAUCGAUCGCAUUCUCUCAGACAAGGAGACCAUUGACCUUAAACUGGAAAAUGAAGACAUCUAAGGUGUUCAGUGCCAUAUUAAAGGUUUCACUGUGGUUGCGCAAGAGAACUGGAGUCUACAAUCAAAGUGAUGCAAGUUAUACAUCAACACAACCUGGGAGAUGAUCAGGAUACAUUAUGGUGCUGAAGUGACACUAAUGAUAUUUUUGUAAUUAAAACUAAUAAACAUUUAACACUUUUAAAA